AAGCGGUCACCUGACUCAGCCUCGGAGGCGCGAUGGCGGCGCCCAUGCUGAGAUGCGCCCGUGCUGGACGCUGUUGGUCCCUGGGCUCCAGUCCGCGCCUCACGAGAGCGCUUUUUGCCGAGUCUCUGUCGGGCCGGGUGAGAAGGCAGAGCUCCGCAGCGGCACAGGAGCCGAGGCCGGGUGCACAUGAAUGGGCAGCUGUGGUGGGUCUGGAAAUUCAUGCCCAGAUCUCUUCCAAUUCAAAACUCUUCUCUGGAUCUCAAGUUACCUUUUUAGCACCCCCUAAUUCAUUGGUUUCUUUUUUUGAUGCUUCCCUACCCGGAACAUUGCCGGUUCUCAACAAGAGAUGUGUGGAGGCAGCUGUGAUGACAGGCCUGGCCCUGAACUGCACUGUAAACAAGAAGUCUUUAUUUGACAGAAAGCACUACUUCUACGCAGAUCUCCCAGCCGGAUACCAAAUCACCCAACAAAGGCUUCCCAUCGCUGUGAAUGGGAGCCUGACAUACAGCCUGGGUGGGGGAGCCCGUUGGAGUCCAUCAGCCACCAAAACAGUGAGAAUCAAGCAGAUCCAGUUGGAGCAGGACAGUGGCAAGAGCCUUCAUGAUGACACGAGGUCCCAGACGCUCAUCGAUCUGAACCGGGCAGGAGUCGGCCUUAUGGAGGUUGUCAUGGAGCCCGAUAUGUCCUGUGGGGAUGAGGCAGCGACAGCCGUCAGAGAACUUCAGUUGAUUCUCCGGACUCUGGGGACCAGCCAAGCAAAUAUGGCAGAGGGCCAAUUGAGAGUGGACGCUAACAUAUCUGUGCAUCAUCCUGGGGAGCCUUUUGGAGUUAGGACUGAAGUGAAGAAUCUCAACAGCAUAAGAUUCUUGGCCAAAGCAAUAGACUAUGAAAUUCAGAGACAGAUUGAAGAACUUCAGAAUGGAGGCAAAAUUCUGAAUGAAACGCGAGCAUUUGAUGAGAAACUUGGGUGCACUGUGUCAAUGAGGGAUAAAGAAGGAAAGCAAGACUACCGGUUUAUGCCAGAGCCCAAUCUUCCCCCAUUGAUCCUGUAUGAUGCUGAGUCCCUGCCUGCGGCUGCAGACCCCCAGCAAGUGGUAAAUAUCGAUUGGAUUCGAGAGAGGCUUCCCGAGCUCCCCAGCGUGACCAGACAGAGGCUUGUUGAACAGUACGGGAUUUUGCCUGAACACAGCUUCGCCCUAUUGAAUGAGGAUGGACUAUUGGAGUUCUUCCAAAAUGUGGUGAAAGAAACUAGAACAGAACCCAAAAAAGUGAUUGGUUGGAUUCUUACCACUUUCCAGGGUUAUUUAAAGCAACAGAACCUUGCUGUCAGUGAGAGUCCCAUCUCACCUUCUUUGCUGGCUGAGCUUCUCAACCUUCUGGACUGCAAAGCCAUCUCCGUGCCCGCAGCUCAACAAGUUUUUGAGGAAUUGUGGCACAACAGGGGGAAGACGCCGGGCCAGAUCGUUCGAGAGAAGAAGCUUGAGCUGCUCCAGAACCAAGAGGAGCUGGAAGAGAUCUGCCAAGCCGUGCUGGACAAGCAUCCUCAGGAGGUCACGGCCGUGAAGAAGGGAAACCAGAAAGUUGUGAAUAAACUGAUUGGUUUGGUCCGAAGGGCAACACAAGGACGAGCAGAUCCGGCCAGGAUAAAGCAGAUCCUGGAGAAGCAACUGCAGUGAGCAGCUCUGGGGCCGCCCCCCCAAUAUGAACAUGAGGAAAGCAAACUGGUAUGGACUGUGUUCCGGGCCCCUUCCCUGGGACCUCAAGGCCACAGGCUCUGAUCUCAAGGGUCUUACUGCCUGCUGAAUCAACCAGGAGCUUCACCCUGCCCACCACAGUGCGCUGGCCACCAGAGUUCCCACCCCUUCCUAGACUGGACAAAAUUGUCUUUUCCUUGACACCAGGUCCCCGCGACCAAGAUGACCAGGAAAUUCUCCACAGGAGAACAGAAGGUCUAACUCCUGUGUUUGUUUCUAUGCCAGUGGGAACUUCUGGGGUUUCAGUCAGAAAUGUAGCAGCAGCCGAAAAUCUCAGAUCCUCAAAUUCUGAAAUAAAUAAAUCAGGCUCAACGAUUUCAAA